AUGCAUCGCACGAGCGACUCGGCGUCUACGCUGCUCCCGACGGUGGGUGGUGGUGGCGGAGGAGGGGGCCAGAACAUGAACAAGACCAUGUCGAGUCUGGCGCUAGCGUCGACGAAUGUACCCCAGUCGCACAAGGCGAUUAUUAACGCCCUCGUCAAUCGACUCCAAGCCAAGCUGCCCUGUAACUCGGGCUUAAACUUGCAUGCUGUCGAGUCGGACCCUACACUUCAGCAGUCGGUCGAACUCCUCAUCCAGCUCUCCCGCACCCAGCUUCAUACCGUGGCUUAUGCACUCAGCCAGCUACUCGAUAAAGUCUCCAAGAACACAGGCCCGGCGACAGAAGGAUUCCUCCCACUCGAUCUGCUUCAUUCGCAGUUUUACAUACUCAAAAUCCUCUCUGCCGCAUUCACCUUUCGCACCCAACUCGAGCGAGACGCCCGCCGCGACCCGACCAGUCCGCAGCUCGCGCCGUCCUCAAGACACGAGCCGGCCUUUGCGUUCGAUGCGCUCCCGCUCAGCGACGAGGUCGCCCAAUACACCAUCAGCGUCAUGGUCCUCAUCAUGCGCCAGACCUCUUCCGUCUCGGAACGCGCACGCACUAUUGGUCUCAUGUACAACGAACACGUGCCGGAUUUUCAUACCAUCGACGCCGUCGGACUCACCAACCUCUCGCCGAGCCCAACUGUCUGGGGCGGCACCGACCGCGGGACGACCAAGCCCGAUGGCUCGGCCGGCAAAAGCACCAUCGCCAGUUCCUUGCGCGAGCUCGAGGGGGCAUCGCCGUCCUGGGCUACCCCGGGCGCAGCCUCUGUCCCUUUGCUCCCCAGCUCCGCCUACCCCUUUGCGAGUGGGAUGCAUGGGCCUUCCAAGCCCGUCAAGGCCACUGCUCCGGCCGUCAACACCACCCCGGCCCUCUCGUCGCUUGUUGCACCCGCCGCAGCAUGUUAUUCAGACACCCCGUCGAGCUUGAGUUGGUUGGUCUAUCGCUAUGCCGCGCGUGUGGUCUAUGCCAUUAGUUCCUCCAACUGGGAGGCAGUGUACACCCGUGUUAGGGGGUGGAUUCGGGUUGCUCAUGCCAACGCUAGUAACAAAAUAAGCUCCCUGAUUGUAGGAGUCCAAGACAAAUCAAAGUUGGCCAUUGCCAAUGCUGCCCGACAAGCCGUCUGGAACUGGAUCGAGAUCCUCCCAAAUGAAUAUACUGAACUACUAUCAGGCCAACGAACACUUGAUGGCGGCCCAGAACGACUAUUUGACGUUUUGUGCCCUUCCCAAUUCGAACGAGAUGGCAAACAGCGCUUGUAUUGGCCCACUCUAACUGUCUUGCUGGCCGCUUCGCCAGAACGACUCCAAGGACUCGAGAUUGGGGCUUCUGGCGGACGAGCAAAGCGAGACCGUAAAAUCGCUUUGUUCAAGGACUCGCUAGUAAAGGGGAGCCAGAGUAGCACUCGUCAACUUCGUGAGACGGCGAUUGCGUGUAUUGGAGAGUUGAGCAAGGCUGCUAGCUUUGCUGUCGGGAAGAACGCGAGUCAUGCGGACUCGGUGCCGAUCAAGAGUCUUGCGCAAGAUGUCAUGAGCGAGGUCAAGAACCGACUGUUCAGCCCGCCUGCGCCCCAUAAAUCCUUUACGGAGCAAAACGAAGCAAUAGACGUGUCGUUCCACGUCGAUAGCCUGGUUGCGAUUUUUAGGUCUUUCCCUACUUUUGCUGCAUCGACUGCUUUCCCUGCUGUACUUGCGCCUGAAUGCUCAGAGGCCGUCAAGCUGGCCGGUGUGCGUGCAUGUUUGCUUUUGGCUAGCGAGGUCACGCGAGUACCGUCUCAGCCCAAAUUAGGCGAUUUGGUCAAUGCAACCGCCGUGAGGUUACGGAAAAUCAUGACGUCCACGACCGAACAAACCGCCGAACAAUACCCAGACGGCACGAUCGUCGCACCUCGUCUCCACCCAGUCGCACAACGAAACGCACCAGACCUGACAGACAGGGAACAACUCAUACUCGCCUUGCUCGCUCUUUUCCGGACCGACGUCAGGUUCUUUUUCACACUUCGUCCCAACGUGCCCUCGGAUAUUCCGAGAUGUGUGCGGGAUUCGCUGUUGUUGCUGAGACCUUCGUUUGACCCUGUAUUCAUGCAGAUCGGACAUCCAUUGGGCGUUGCCGCGAAGGAAUUGGCUGCGCAUACUGGACCAAACGCACUUCGAGCCGGCGCACUCUUGGUUUACAAUUCCACAAAUACAACCGACCUCCGACUCGCGUACAACAGCCUAAUCUCGAUCGUGCUCGCGCGGUACGCUAACCCAGUCGAGGUGACUCGUUCCCGCCGCGCACAAACGUCCACUGACAAUCCCAAGUUGUCUUCUACAACAAAGAUGCUAAACACCCAAGCCGCGCUUGCUCUCUACCCGGUCCCGCCCUCGAAAUUCCUGAUCAUGGAUAUCGUGACGCACGCGAGCCGGAAUUUGGGCUUGUUGGUGGUGAUUGAGAAGAUGGAGUUGGCGCCCGAGCCUGGUGGAUGUAGUGCUGAUUUGUUGCUGAAGCGGGCGUCGGUGUACGAGGCUCUUGGGGAUACGAAUGUGGUUGUUGUCGCGCAUACGAAAGUUAUUGCGUACCGCAGCGGCUCCAAGUACAAUCAAUAUGGCUGCGUGGAUGGAGUGCUUUACGAGAUGGGAGGAGCGUACAUCACGGCUCGAACAAUUGACAGAUGGAAUGCAGGACGGACUCAUGGAAUGGCAAACCUCACGAUGUUCCUGGCUACAUGGGGCGGCUCAUGCGUCUGCACCGAGAACCGCUACCCCGCGUUCCGAGAACUCAUCCAGUCGGAGGAAAUUCCAAAGCGGAUGCUGUGGCCUCCUUCGGCGAACAAAAAAGUCGAAGAGUUUAUCGUUCGGAUGGUAGGACUGCUCAAGUCUACGCAUUUAUUCUGCCGUGAGACCGUCAAGGACGCGCUUGGACAAGAGCUGCAUCCGAGGUUGUAUUCAAUACUAAUGAAUCGGUUCUUGAUGUCGGCCAAGGAUAAACUCGAGCGGGAACACCCGUGGAGCCCAGACCUCUGCCAGUGCCUCGAGCAAUUUGUAACAGUCCUCAAGCUCAUCUUUGAGCGCAUCGAAUCCGAAACCGAUACUUCGCAUAUCAAAGUCAGCAUCAGCGCCCUCGUCCGCAGUCUGCUCCAGCUUCUCCACGCCGCACCCAAGGGAGAUUCGUGGGCGAUGAGAAUCCGAGUCAAGUUUUGCCACAUGGCAUACAACUUGUUUGAAAAGCGUGAUUAUCUUGCGUUGGAGCAAGAGUUGCUGCUGAGGAGCCAGCUCCUAGAGGCGUUUGCCGAGUGGGCGAUGGUCGAGUUGCCUUCAAAUACUCCCGAUGCGCAGCAUCGUACGCAGGGAGAAGUCAAUGUCGCGUGCUUGAAGACUGUCGUUCUCUUAUUGGAUCGGUUCCAGCUUGGCGUUCCGGACCGUAGCCAAGGCACUGAUGACGAUGUUACGAACGUGCGCUCCAGGCUGUUUUAUCGAUACUUUCAAUUCUUCUUGCGUGUGGUAAAACAGUGCUUUGAAAAGUUCCCUAUUGGCGACGAGCGUAGUCAGCGAGUUGCGUUCGGCCUGGCCAAGGAUGUUCCGAUGUAUCGUCAACUUGCCAUCCGAGGCCUUUCCCUACUUCUCGAUGCAAACAUGGACGUUGGUCUGAAACACUGCCUUUCAAUGGCCUAUCAUGACGACCCCAAUGUCCGAGCUAUCUUCAUCCAUGUAUUCUCUCAGGUUCUUGGGACCGAGCCGACAGACGAGGAUAACGAGGAGGGCGAAGAUGGAGAAAAUCAGAGCGAAGUUCCAGAAGAUAAUGGAGGCAAGGCAGAGGUGAAGAUCGAUCCAGAACCGGAGGACAAGGGGAAUGGGAAAGAGAAAGGCAAAGACAAGGACGAGGAACAGGAUGGGGCGAGUGUGAUGAAGCGUAGGAAGCGUUUCCAGAUUAUGAAUCAUGCGUCCGAGGGGCAAGUUCAGCCGAGCCGGUUAUGCGAGAUUGUUCGUGGAGACGAUAUUAUGAUUGCAAUGGCCAUGUGCAACGUAUGCCCUUCCCAAGAGAUAGAUAAUCUGAUCCACGUUAUUCUCAAUAUCUUCGACAGUCGAAAGACUUUGCUGAGGUUACUGAAAGCGCUCAUUGAUCGCGAAGUUGCGCAGACGACCAGCGAUUCCAACCUUUUCCGCUCUAAUAGCAUGUGUAUGCGCGUUCUUUCAGCUUUUGCUCGCAUGCAUGGGUACAAUUACAUCCGUCAAAUCCUUUCUCCUCUUAUUUCCCAAAUGGUGAACAUGCCCGCCGACCGUUCAUACGAACUUGAUCCAAAGCGACCCGAUGGCAAAAAUGUCGAGGAGAACGCAAAGAGUCUCUCAAUCAUUGCUCAAGCCUUCCUUCAUGUUAUUUGCGAGUCUGCGCCCAUUUUACCUCCGAUCAUUCGAGAAGUAUGCAAACAUAUCGCCGAUGCAGUGAGCGAAGUAUGGCCUGAAAGUGGCUUCCCAGCUGUUGGGAGUUUCAUGUUCCUUCGGUUCAUUUGCCCUGCUAUUGUCUCCCCUGAAUCGGUUGACAUUGAACUACCUCGAGACAAUGCUCGGAUCCGACGCGGUUUAAUGCUGAUUACCAAGAUUAUCCAGAACCUUGCGAACAAUGUCUUGUUUGGUAAAGAGCCAUAUCUGAUCCCUUUGAACAAUCUGCUCGAAGCAAACAUUGUUCCUUUGGCACGUUUCCUCAACGAAGUUAUUCGCUACCAACAACCUCCAGAGGAAGAAUACAUAGAGGAGUGGUUAGGGACGACCUAUGACGAAGUGGAUCAGAUGGUGCUUCAUCGCUACUUCUCCGACAACGUUGACAAAAUCGGCAAGGACCUCCUCAUUGCGAGCAAAGUUGCCCACUCCCAAACCAGCGACACGGUUGCUGGAAAGCGCCAAUGGGAUAAAUUGGUUAAUGUACUGGUCGAACUGGGGCAACCUGUCGAGGUGCCUAUGCUAUCCCGGAGCACAGCUGAAGACCAUUUAAUUUAUAAACCUUUCAUGCGAUCUCAAGCUCACCGAACUCCCGAUGCCUCGAUUCGGGACAUGUUUAUCCAAGCGCCAGGUGCCAAGAUCAACUCUACUGUGGAGCAUCGAUCCCAAAUUGACACAGAAGAAUCUACGAACGUAUACAUAUUCCGUAUUGCGCAACUCAACGUGGAAACUGUAGAGUUUCAAUUACUCUUGUACAGGAUAUUUAGCCUCAUAGGUUCCAAUUCUGCUGCUUUUGACCUUAUUCUGGAUUGCACUGCCUUUUCCGCGACGUCCGAAAUUCCUACACAAUGGAUCAACGAGUUUGUUGAAGUCACACCUUUCGAUUUCGUCGAGAGGCUUCGAACGAUAUACAUCGUUAACCCGAACCAGCUAGCACAAAAGUUCCUUCGGAAAAUGUAUCAUCGUUUCUCAGGAAUGGGCAUAGGAAAGACGGUCGUGGCCGUUUCGGCGAUGGCUGAGCUCAUUGAGAAGAUGCACCCUGACAGCCUUGCGCCUCUAACUGCGGCCAGUAGCUUAGAACGCGAAGUUUUACAGACAUUCUCGAAUGUAUACCAAUAUUCACCCCAACGUAUGCGUUCACCGAUCACAAUGAGUGUAGCUACGUCGCAUAUCCGUAUCACAAGCGGUCGCCCGAUCGCCAUUUAUCCUGGCUUGAACUGCAAGCUUACCGACACCAUUUUCUUGAGAGAUAUUGACGAUGUCUACAAUACGGCCGCGGGGAGGGAAGCUGGCGAGUUUGUUAUCCGUCGCCACGACGGCGCUAGAACAAUGUUUUUUGCAUCUCGUGAUCGCGAAGAAAUAGUCAAAGCUAUUCGAACGUCGAAAAACAACCUGAAUAUGGAAGGCAAAUUUAGUAUUCGUGAUCACUUCCCUCAUAUAGGCGAUAUAUCUGCCACGUUAAUGAAUGUCGCUUUGUUGAACUUGGGAGCAGAGAAUGAACAGCUCCGGUCUGGCGCGUAUGAGCUACUGUGCUCGGUGUGUCACUACCUUGAGUACAAAGAUUUUAGACUUGUCACAUCAAGGGGCUUCUUCUUCCCCGCAAAUAACUCGGUAUUUGCUGCCUAUUUCAGUGACAAACUAGCUUCGCAUGCGCCGGAACUUACUCUGGAUUUCCUUGGAGAGUUUGCGAUCGGGUUCAACAAGGCAACAUCAGCUCAACAAGUCGCCUCACUGAAUUACUUACAUCCAUGGGUGUCGAACCUUAUCCAAUUUCUGGAUCCCACAUCCAAACUAUUCGAUCCAUCCUCCAGCAAGGUUCGACUUUGUAUACGAACCUUGAUCGACAUGACAGUGAAAAAUGCUGAACUUUACCCCCUAAUAAAUAAGCUCAUAUGGGAGAAUUUAGGGAGAUCUAACACUGGGACCGUCAAUGCUACCUUGGACGAGCUCACGAGAUCGGCAAUCGAUGGGGGCCUUGGCUCUACUCGGUGUGAAUUGAUCGCAGAGGCACUCGUUAAUAUGUCUUCAGUGGAAGUAAAAGGCAAGCUCUUGGCAAGGCUCCGGAGGGCUAUCACUCGGAUCAAGAACCCUCCACCUGCCUCUCCAGCCGACGACAUUGCUUGGAAUGAGGUUGCAGCAAUAACACGCUUGGUCUACAUGGUUCUCCAGAAUAACCGACCCCCUGUGCAGAUCUUGAUCUAUAUCCCAGAAAUUUUCUAUCUCGUCACUGUUCUUUGCAUGGUCGGCCCGCUUCUGCUCCGCAAAACAAUCUACGGUAUCCUGGUUAACGUCGUCCAAGCAUUCUUGACCAACAAGCACACGGACGACGAGACAAAAGAAAACCUUCGUCGACUUUUGAACCAAACUAUGGAUCCAGAGUUCCAGACGGUACUGGGGAUAACCCGUCCGGAUACCAGAAGCGAGUUCACCGUGGUUGACCCUCAGUCUGACUCUGUGGCAAUGGUAAAACUCGAAGAACUGACAAGUUAUCUACUCGAGAUCAUAUCGUGUGGAGCUUGGUCGACUGGGCUAGCCAACACUUGGCGUGGGCGUUGGAUGGGCCUUCUUUCCUCUACCUCAUUCCAAUUGUCAGCCUAUGUUCAAUCACGAGCGUUCGUGGUACUGGGAAGAUUGCUCGAAAUUCCUAAUACAGAUGUUGAUGACGACUUGUUCUAUCAGAUGCUAGUAGCUUUUCAGAGUGCACUGGCCACAGCAAACGAAGAUGACCCAACUCCGUUGCUCAGCAUGUUACGCUGCCUAUCCAAGGCAGUUGCUCGUCUUCCUGCCGAGUCUCGAUAUCUUGCACAAGUUGCUUGGAUUGCAAUUGCACUGAUACAAUCCGGUUGUGCUGCACUCUUCUCUGAAGCUGCUGCCUUGCUUGAAGCGACGCUAAUAGCUUUGGACAAUUACAAUGCCUUCGCUCAACGAACCCUCACUUCCUGCCUCAAAGAAUAUCGGUCCGAAUCUUUGGACGAAAUCUACCUGCAACUAGACGAACUUCAUUCCCUCUCCUACGCUUCUGAGGCCACAUUUUCGUUCUCAUUAGCUUCGAUCAUCUCGCGUGGCUUGAGGCUUGCACCAACUUGUGCGCCCGCAGUGAGCUUGCUUAGAACCCUCCUGCGUAUCAGUCGUGAUGCCCAAGGACCCUCUCCAGGACCAAGGGGAACACUUCAUACUGAUCGAAUUGGAUAUUUCUUGGCCCUGCUAUCGCAAGCAACUACCUCGACCGAUUAUGCUCAACUACUUGAGCUAGCCGGGUUGGACCCAGACUGGCUACCUCCUGCAGACGCUGACGACCUUGAGAAGAGUGGAGCACCACCAGAGAUCGAUAUUAAAUUGUUUGGAGAAAUGACCAACGAGACUGUGCUCUUGGUCUCGUCGUUCGCUGUUACUAUGAUCAAUUGUUCUCAAAGCGAGAUUGAGCGUCAAAUUCUAUUUGGCCUCAUAUCCGAGGCAGUCAUGGUCUACCCAGAGAUCGUGGCAAUUGCUUGCGAGAGCAUGCUCGACAGGAUCAACGAUGCAUUCUCCAAUUCACCAAAUUCUACUAUUCUCCAUGCAGUUUCCACUAUUUUCCGCCUGACCCUCAGCGACCGAAUGUGGACCAAUGAACCACUACCUUCCAACGUCACAUCUCCGCACUCUGUAUCAACCUCUACACUCAGUACGAAUGGGGAGGCUUCGGCCAUAUCCAAUAUCCAAAACGGGAGCCAAACACAUGACUAUGCUCUCGGAGAACUGAAGAUGCGAGGCAUCAUGGCGACCAACUUCCUGGUUUCAAAUAGAGGGCUUUCCACAAAACUUCUCAACUUUUGUUCUCAGCUUGUAGGGAAAAUAAUUAGUUAA